CUCAUUGAAAGCGAAACCUCAUUAAGACAUCCUAUCUUCCAUCAUUCAAUUUGUUGUACAUUGCAACAAUUUAAUAUCUUGAAGGAAAUAUCACUGACAUGAUUUAUCCCUCUAGCAAUCUUGCUUUGAAAUUGGGGGGGGGAUUUACUCUUUCUUCCAGCCUCUUCUACUUGUUACACCGCUACCCUCAGGGCAGAAAGGAGGCUGGCAAAUCUGAAAGAGGCUACUUGCAUCCAGGGGUGCUGACUUGUUUCCUAUUCCAGCUCUAGGGUACCCCCUCCCCUUGUUCUCUCUUCCCCCUACCUCUUGCCCUCCAGGGAAAUUGGAGCCCCAGCCAGCUGUUGGAAACCUCUGCCCAGGCAUGCCAUGAAUUCGAGGACAGCUGGAUUCAAGGGRAAAAAAAAAAGUAACUCACACACACUCGUGUCUAUGUGUACCUGUCAUAACACCCCAAAAUGAGAUAACUUCCUCUUAAAAUUCCUUUCUUAAUGUGAGCAUCCUCCUCUAUCCUUUCACCUUCCUCUCCUUGGGAAGAAGAAAGUGUAGUCUAAAGGGAGAAACCUUUAUAAUUAUGGGGAUCUUUCUCCUAUCCACCCUUCUAAAUGCCAACCAAUUUUCUUCCUUUCUGAAGGAUGGGGUCUGGAUAUUUUUUACAGCCAAUACAAAUCGUCUUGUAGUAAGACUCUUCAACCCCCUAAAGAGGUUCAUGUAUUAACUAACAUGUUGACUGCACCAGCUCCUAUACACUGUCUGCUUUUGGGUUUGAAACUUUAUUUUUCCCCCCUAGCGACACUCCAGGGAAACCUUAACGUUACAGAAGAUGAAUAAAUGAGUUUUUUUCCCAGCGUAGUCCCGUUUAUGGCUUUAUUGCUACCCAUUGAUUACUUCGCUUUGUUACACAGAAGGAAAAGAUCAUAAAAUCCGGCGACAUCCGGGUUCUUGUUAUAGCCAGUUACCGCCCCCCCCCAAAAAAAAGUGAGGGGGAAAAUAUAAGCUUUCACUGAUUCCUGCAUACGCCCACCACCCAUUUUUUUGUCAACUGAAAGCAGUUUUAGCCUAUGUCGCCAUAUCAAAUUAGGUUUGAAUUAAAAAGGGGCAAACCCCCUUCUGCACACCUUCGUAGUUUCAGUUCGCCAACUGCGGCUGUCUCAAGCCUCUGACCCAGCUGCAUUUUUUUCUAACCAUCUCUUUCUUCCUCUCAGCUCCAAGGUGGGGAGAAAAAGGAGGGAAAGCCUGCUGAGAGUCUGGGGUGACUGGCACUUGGGAAAGAGUUCCCCAGGACCUCUUUGCUAGAAUCCUCAGGCAUCAGAACUCAGGUCCAGGGGCGCCUCCCGUGGCAGGGCAGUGAAUCCGGAGCGGGUAGGGGUUUCUGACUUGUGCAGGGGCUUGAGCUUCAAGAAGCUAACUGUUCAUUAGAGCCCCAGCAGUCUUCUCUCCUCUUCCAGACUGGAUCCUGUGUGAAUUACCCCACCGGCCCUCGCUGGCUUCAAAUCAUAAAUUCUCACCAACAUAAACAGGAGUUGAUGUCUCUAGAAAGAAGACUCGGGAGUUUUCUUUCUUCUCUUCCCUUCUCUCAUCUCUCCCACUUUUUACUUCUUUAUCUCCUUUUUCUAUUGUAUUUUUAUACAUUUUCCUUUUUAAGCAAAAAUGUUGCUAGUAUUUCCUCAGAAAGGGUCCUGUGGAGGAGGCAGAAGGGGGAUAGGAGGCAGAGGAGAACAGAUGCGUGCUUCCUUUGCCAACUUAACUGUUCCCUGCAAUCUCAGUCUCACCUCUUUAAACCUAAUUGCUCUCCACAUUCCUCUAACCCAAGACUCUCAGCCACUCUCUCUUUCCUCUGGGAACCAUGUUUUAUGAAAUUCCUUUUUCCUUUUGAUUUUUUAAAAUUAUUGGACAAAAAUAUAGCAUUUUAGUGAUGGAGACUCACCCCAUGGAGUGUCAACCAAGAUUUCUUGUAGGAUUUCUGAGAGCCUUCUCUGAGCUGGGAGGGAAUUCCUCCCAUGAAGAAAACAGAAUGUAAUUUUAGAAGGGGGAAGAUAUAAAAGAUGAAAUCAGGUUGAAAAUACAGAGAUUUCUCUGGCCCAGGCUCUGGCCACAGCAGAGCAAAGUUAUCUGGGUCUGAGAGAUUUCCUGGGAGUACAUCUCUCCUUCCCUGGGUCCUAAGGUCCUGUUUAUGAACAUGCACCCCCUGCUUCACCCCCAAACCAGUUCUCCACAUAAAUAUUUUUAAAAAGAAAUCCAAGUCUUACUUUCAAAUCACACACUUAGUCUCAACUAGGGAAUCAACAGAAGCAGAAGCGAUUUUUUUCCCCCUUCUUGACAUCUGGCUUGCGAUUGGCUGGAAGGGGGUCAGCUGACUUUGUCAUUUUGUCUGUCCUGGAUUGGAGCCGUCCCUAUAACCAUCUAGUUCCGAGUACAAACUGGAGACAGAAAUAAAUAUUAAAGAAAUCAUAGCCCGACCAGGUAAAGGCAAAGGGAUGAAUUCCUACUUCACUAACCCUUCCUUAUCCUGCCACCUCGCCGGGGGCCAGGACGUCCUCCCUAACGUCGCCCUCAAUUCCACCGCCUAUGAUCCAGUGAGGCAUUUCUCGACCUAUGGAGCAGCCGUUGCCCAGAACCGGAUCUACUCGACUCCCUUUUAUUCGCCACAGGAGAAUGUCGUGUUCAGUUCCAGCCGGGGGCCGUAUGACUAUGGAUCUAAUUCCUUUUACCAGGAGAAAGACAUGCUCUCAAACUGCAGACAAAACACCUUAGGACAUAACACACAGACCUCAAUCGCUCAGGAUUUUAGUUCUGAGCAGGGCAGGACUGCGCCCCAGGACCAGAAAGCCAGUAUCCAGAUUUACCCCUGGAUGCAGCGAAUGAAUUCGCACAGUGGGGUCGGCUAUGGAGCAGACCGGAGGCGCGGCCGCCAGAUCUACUCGCGGUACCAGACCCUGGAACUGGAGAAGGAAUUUCACUUCAACCGCUACCUAACACGGCGCCGGCGCAUCGAGAUCGCCAAUGCGCUCUGCCUGACCGAGCGGCAGAUCAAAAUCUGGUUCCAGAAUCGCAGGAUGAAGUGGAAAAAAGAAUCUAAUCUCACGUCCACGCUCUCAGGGGGCGGCGGAGGGGCCGCAGCUGACAGCCUGGGCGGAAAAGAGGAAAAGCGGGAAGAGACAGAAGAGGAGAAGCAGAAAGAGUGACCAGGACUGUCCUUGCCACCCCUCUCUUUCCUUCUCCCUUUGCUCACCCCAACUCUCCCCUAAUCACACACUCUGUAUUUAUCACUGGCACAAUUGAUGUGUUUUGACUCUUUAAAGCAAAAUUAGGGAGUCAAACGUGGACCUGAAAGUCAGUUCUGGACCCCCUCCCUCACCGCACAACUCUUCACCAUUGGCCUCCUCCUCCUCCUAGCUCCCUCGCUAGCUCCUUCUCGGCUUGUCUGCAGGCCCCUUUCCCCGCCCAGGCCUUGGGGGCUCUCAGCCCUGAGCCUUGCUUCAGACUCCACAGAUCUCCCUCCACAUGAGGACAUGACUCCCCCCACCAGUCGCUUGACGUCCCCCACCCCCGCGCCCAGAGCGGGCUCCCGGGCCUGGGGCCUCUGUUCCCGGGCCUUAGGGCCCGGCCUGGCAGCCCGGGAGAGCCGGAGGCCCAAGGAGGGCGCGCCUGGGCCCCACAGCAACCCCCAGGGCCUCCCCGCAACCCCUGUCCGGCCCCUCUGCCCCAGCAAAUGCCCAGCCCAGGCAAAUUGUAUUUAAAUAUUCCUGGGGGUCAUUAUGGCAUAUUACAAACUGUGACCGUUUCUGUGUGAAUAUUUUUAGCUGUAUUUGUGGUCUCUGUAUUUAUAUUUAUGUUUAGAACCCUCAGUGUUCCGAUCUCAUUUUAAAAAAAGGGAAAAAAGAGGGAAAAUUACAAAAAAAGAAAAAAAGUGAAUGACAUUUGUUUAGCCAGUAGGAGAAAAUAAAUAAAUAAAUCCCCUCGUGUUACCCUCCUGUAUAAAUCCGACCUCUGGAUCCGUUCUCGAAUAUUUAAUAAAACAUAUUAUUUUUAAAAGUU